GCUGACGAACUGUCGUCAAUGGCUGCAGCGACGACCCAAGAAGAAGAAGAACCCUCCUCUUCCAAUUCCCGCUAUACUUAUCACGUGUUCUUGAGUUUCAGAGGCAAAAACACCCGAAAGACCUUUACCGAUCACCUCUAUACAGCUCUGGUAAGUUCAGGAAUUCGAACUUUCAGAGACGAUGACGAACUGGAGAGAGGAGAAGAUAUCAAGUCAGUUUUACAAAAAUCCAUUCAAGAAUCAAGAAUGUCGAUAAUCGUCUUCUCGAAAGACUAUUCUUCUUCAAGAUGGUGCCUUGAUGAACUUGUGAUGAUUCUCCAGUGUAAGAGGGUGUUUGGGCAUAUGAUUCUACCUGUCUUCUACGAUGUGGAUCCGUCGGAAGUCAAGAAACAGAGCGGGAGUUUUGCAGAAGCAUUCGAUCGAGACGAGGAGGGAUUUGAGGCCGAGAAAGAUCUUCGGAGGAAGAAGGAAUGGAUGGAGAAGGUGGAAGAGUGGAAGGCUGCUCUUAGUGAAGUUAGCGAUCUAGAAGAUCGGAUGGUCUUGCAAAAUCAACCUGAUGGGCUCGAGGCGAAAUUUAUUCGAGAAAUUGUUAAAGUGGUUGGGAGAAAGCUGAAUCGCAUUAUUUUGAGAGUUGCCCCCUAUCCAAUAGGUAUCGAUUCUCGAGUUGAAGGUAUUAAUUUGUGGUUGCAAGAUGGGUCAACCAAUGUUGGCAUAUUGGCAAUUUAUGGGAUAGGUGGAAUAGGGAAGAGUACAAUUGCCAAAUCUGUUUACAACCUAAAUUUUGACAAAUUUGAUGGCAGCAGCUUUCUUGCAAAUAUAAGAGAAGCUUCAGGACAACCGAAUGGUUUGAUUCGUUUACAAAGACAACUUAUUUCGGAUAUUUUGAAGAAGAAAAUAAAAAAAAUAUACAAUAUUGAUGAAGGUAUUAUGAAGAUUAAAGAAGCUGUAUCUUGCAAAAGAAUUCUCCUUGUUCUUGAUGAUGUGGAUGAUUUGGAUCAAUUAAAUGCAGUACUUGGUAUGCGAGGGUGGUUUUACCCCAGAAGUAAAAUCAUUAUAACAACUAGACAUGAGCAAUUGUUAAAGGCUCAUGAGGUAUUUCGGAUGGAUAAGGUUAAGGCAUUAGAUGCUAAGGAAUCACUCCAACUUUUCAGUUGGCAUUGCUUUGGACAAGACCAUCCUAGUGAAGAUUACACGGAUCUCUCAAGAAAUGUUGUGUACCAUUGCCAAGGAAAUCCUUUAGCUCUUCAAGUUUUGGGUUCUUCUCUAUCCGGAAGAAAUUUAGUCAUAUGGGAAAGUGCAUUAAUGAAAUUGAAAGCAAUCCCUGAUCAUCAAAUCUUAAAAAUACUCAGAAUAAGCUAUGAUUCCUUGCCAGAUAAUCAUGACAAGAACGUGUUUCUUGACAUUGCUUGUUUCUUUGUUGGAAAGGACAAAGAUUACGUGGUAAUGAUACUAGAUUGUGACUUCUUUCCAAUUGUUGGGAUUCAAAAUCUUAUGGACAGAUGUCUCUUAACAAUUGACAAUAAAAACAAGCUUAGGAUGCAUCAAUUGCUUCAAGACAUGGGAAGAGAAAUUAUUCGUCAAGAGUCACCUCAAAAGCCUGGGAAACGUAGUAGAGUUUGGCAUCACAAAGAUUCCUUCAAUUUGUUGAAAGAAAAGACAGGUACAGAAACAAUCAAAGGCCUUACUCUUGACGUGCGAAUGUCAAAGGAAGUUAGAUAUACUGGAACACUUUUUAAUGUUAAAGUUGCGAAACGGCGAUCCUCUGAAGAAACUGUUGAUAAAUUGCUGCUAGCAGACCCAGGCUAUUCAGAAAAGCGACGUCGCCUCAACUUUUCCAAGCACUCAAUAAAUGCAAAUUCAAAAUCUUCAAGUGAUGAAGAUUUGGAAACUGAUGCAUUUACAGGGAUGCCAAAAUUAAGAAUAGUCCAGUUGAGUUAUGUACAACUUACUGGCUGCUAUGAGAAUUUUCCAAAAAAAUUAAGAUUGCUGUAUUGGCGUGGAUUCCCUUUAAAGUCUAUACCUAAUGAUUUUCCUCUGGAGAGCCUGGUUGCUCUUGACAUGCGUAACAGCAGCCUACGACAAGUUUGGAAUGGAACCAAGGUUCUUGGAUUAUUAAAAAUCCUUAAUCUCAGUCAUUCCCAUGGUCUUAGCAGAAGCCCCGACUUCUCAGGACUCCCGAAUCUCAAUAUAUUGGUUCUUAAAGAUUGCAUAAGAUUGGUUGAUGUUCAUGAAUCCGUUGGGAACCUAAAGAGACUAGUGUCUUUGAAUUUAACAGGUUGCAAAAAUCUUCGGCAGCUUCCAAAAGAAAUUGGUAGACUCAAAUCCCUAGAAAAACUCAAUAUUUCUGGUUGCUCAAAGCUUACCAAGUUGCCUAUGGAAUUGGUGGAGAUGGAAUCCUUGACAAUGUUUCAUGCAGAUGGAAUUGCUAUAGGUCAAUUAGUCUUUCCCAGCAGUGAGGUGAAAUCAUGGUGUGCAGACUUCUGGUAUUGGGUAUCAAAAGCUAGAAAAUGGCCACAAUCCUUCAAUUUUUCAUUGGCUUCUUUAUCGCGAUCCUUAGUAAGCUUAAGUCUUGCAAACUGCAAUUUAUCAGAUGAUUCUAUUCCAAUUAAUAUUAGUAGCCUGUCCUUGUUGCAAUACUUGAAUUUAAGUGAAAACCCAAUAUGUAGCCUACCAGAGAGCAUCAAAGAUCUUCUUAUGCUCAAGGAACUUUGGUUAGAUUCAUGCACAAGCCUCCAAUCACUUCCAGAGCUUCCAUUGAGUUUAGUUGAAUUGAAGGUUAUAGAUUGCACAUCAUUGGAAAGAAUAACAAAUCUACCAAACCUGUUGAAAUCCUUGUUUUUGGACAUAUUUGGCUGCAAAAAACUAGUUGAGGUUCAGGGAUUGUUCAAGUUAGAACCCUUAGGAAACUUUCAUUCAGAAUUUAUCAAAAAUUUAGGCUUCCUCAACUUGGACUCCAUUGGAAACACUGAAGUCGAAUUGUACAAUAAGCUGACAGAAACAAGAAAGACAGGUCCAGUGCAGGUACUUUCUCUCUGUCUCUCUCUCUCCCUCUCUCCCACAUAAGUAAUAAGAGUUCUACAUUAUGAUUUACAUUGGCACAGGGACUAUACGAAAUUGGUAUAUUCACCACUUAUCUUCCUGGGAGUGAGGUUCCAGGUUGGUUCAAUGAUAAAAGUACAGAAAGUUCGAUGUCUUUCAAUGUGCCUUCGCAUCCUAAUACGAGGGUCCGGGGCUUGAACAUUUGCAUUGUUUAUGCACGUUCUGCUAAUAGAAGAUAUCGGUAUUGGGGUGAGGGCAAAUUUGGGAGUUGGUAUGCAUAUUAUGUCAAAGUUUAUAACAGGACCAAGGGCUUGAAGUUGGUUUAUAGCCCAACGUUCAUUGGCAUUCCGGGACCAGACGAAGAUAUGAGAUCAUUAAGCCAUUGGAAGCUUGGGAAUCAUCUGGAAGUUGGCGAUGAAGUUAGUGUCUCUGUGGUUGGGUGGAGUUAUACUUUUCUGAUGAAGGAGCUUGGAAUCAGCCUUGUGUAUGACGAGCGAGAAGGAGAAAAGCUUAUUGGAGGAAACAGUGAAGAAAACAAACAAAUAAUACGUCAUGACCCAAACUAUAAUUUCCAUCACAGUUCCAUUGAUCGUGACUUCUCGGCAUAUCAUUUCAGGGCUCAGGAGUACUUCCUUUCCAAUCCUAAUUAUUUAAUGCUGAGAGCUGGCUCAAGUGAUGCUCUUCAGAGGAGGGCAGUUCUGUAUGAGCACUUAUUUGAGGACUCUGUAAGAACGACAGGUUCCACACAAGAAGAAGGAGGAGGAGAAGAUGAUGAAAGCAGCUCUGAUUUUCCUGAAACCAGCUAUGAGGAGGUGGAAGAAGAGGUAGAGGAGCUUCUUGCAGCCUCAGCCUCAGAAUGGUGGCAUUAGAGGAAGUAGUCAUUAGGGCAGUGGUGGUUGCAAGAAAGGUGUUCAUGGUCUCAAUAUAUCUUACGCUCCCCCUCUCGCCCUCUAUCCUAACGAACUGCCUGGUAACACAUGGUUUAUGGGUUGGAAAACAACACCUGAAUUAUUUUUAUUUCUUAUUACAACACAGUGGAAAAUUUAGUUGAUGGACUCGUAACAUUUCAGACAUAUAUCGCAUAUGAAAUUAAUGU